AUGAAAGAGAAGAGUCCUGCCAAUAACUCUAGAGAGCAACCCGGCCAAUUAGCCCUCGACAGUACUGCACCAGAGAGCAACGGCAGUUCAUUGAUCACAAUGAAUAAUAUUGCAGCUGCUCAUGAUCAACGGUUGCCUGCAGAUAUCGAGAUGGAGGAACAAGUAGUUUAUACCAAACCCCCUCCCGGGUACAUAUUCCGUCCAACAGACGAAGAACUCAUCGUCUAUUUCUUGAAGAACAAACUAUGUAACCAGCCCGUGCCGAUUGACGACAUCGUGGAGGUUAACAACCUAUAUGCAUAUAACCCAGAUUUUCUUGCAGCAAAAUACAAGGAUUAUGGAGAAGAUCACUUAUACAUUUUUACCCCAAGAGAUCGAAAGAACAAAUAUGGAUACCGGAUUCAUCGAGCGGCUGGUAAUGGAUAUUGGAAAGUCAUCGGAGGUGACAAGAAAAUCAAAUCCAAUGAAACCGUAGUUGGGUAUAGGACGCCAUUGCUUUUUUAUAAAGGAAAGGCUCCAAAGGGUGACCAGACCGACUGGAUAAUGUGCGAAUUUAGAGUCGAGGAUUCACCCUGUAGCAAGGGCAUGAGGUUGGAUGACUGGGUCUUAUGUAAGAUUUGUCAUGAACCUGUUAAAUCAACCAAACCUAAGACUGAAGAUGACGAUUUUGCGACGGUUGGUUCAACUUCUACGGAAGAUGACUAUGAUGUGGGGGAUGAUGAGCAUAUAGAUCAGAUUAAUUGUGGAAAUCUCGAAGGUCUCGCCAUUGCUGAUGUUAACUCAUCCUCUUCCUGCCACGAUGGUUCCACCAAUUGGGUGAAUUUUUCCACAGAUCAGACAGUCUUUGGGUCUAACCAUCUAAAUGAACCCAGCGAAUUCCAAGAGGAUUAA